GGAGCGCGGCUCCGGGCUGCCGUUGCUGGCGCUGCUGCUGCUGCACGGCUGUGCCUCUACUCUCGCUGGCAGGCUGGGGGCCGGCUCCCUCGCCCGCCCUCCCGCCCGGGAAAGUGGGUUACGGAGGAAGGCGCUCAGUUCGCCGGCUGCCACAGGCGCGCAGCCACCGGGAGACCAGAGCGGCACCUCUGCCUCGGGCAGCCCUCGCUCCUUCCUUUCUAGGGGCUUCUGUUGUUUUUGGAAAUUUGGUUCCUCUGACUCCCCGCCAACCUCCAGGCUAGGGUCUCUGAGAGGGUCUUUGUGAAGUCCUAGAAAAAAAAAAGGAAAGAGCUCGAGCGAGGGAAAGAAAGAGGCAAAGUGGCCAGGACCCCAAACUGGCACAGCGCGUCCCGCGUUGGUGGCGGCGGCGGCGAGCGCCGGGUGUGUGAAGCCCCUGUCCGCGGCCAGCAGUGCGCCCCGGCUCGGCUCCCGAGGACGCCCGCAGGCCACCAUGGGCGCCAGAGUUCAGCCUGACCGCAAACAGUUGCCGCUGGUCCUACUGAGACUGCUCUGCCUUCUCCCCACAGGACUGCCUGUCCGCAGCGUGGAUUUUAACCGAGGCACCGACAACAUCACCGUGAGGCAGGGGGACACGGCCAUCCUCAGGUGUGUUGUAGAAGACAAGAACUCAAAGGUGGCCUGGUUGAACCGCUCUGGCAUCAUUUUCGCUGGACAUGACAAGUGGUCUCUGGACCCCCGGGUUGAGCUGGAGAAACGCCAUUCGCUGGAAUACAGCCUCCGAAUCCAGAAGGUGGAUGUCUAUGAUGAAGGUUCCUACACUUGCUCCGUUCAGACACAGCAUGAGCCCAAGACCUCCCAAGUUUACUUGAUCGUGCAAGUUCCACCAAAGAUCUCCAACAUCUCCUCGGAUGUCACUGUGAAUGAGGGCAGUAAUGUGACCCUGGUCUGCAUGGCCAAUGGACGCCCUGAACCUGUUAUCACCUGGAGACACCUUACUCCAACCGGAAGAGAAUUUGAAGGGGAAGAAGAAUAUCUGGAGAUCCUUGGCAUCACCAGGGAGCAGUCAGGCAAAUAUGAGUGUAAAGCUGCCAAUGAAGUCUCCUCGGCGGAUGUCAAACAAGUCAAGGUCACUGUGAACUAUCCUCCCACUAUCACAGAGUCCAAGAGCAAUGAAGCCACCACAGGGCGACAAGCUUCACUCAAAUGUGAGGCUUCGGCAGUGCCUGCACCUGACUUUGAGUGGUACCGGGAUGACACCAGGAUAAACAGUGCCAAUGGCCUUGAGAUCAAGAGCACGGAGGGUCAGUCCUCCCUGACGGUGACCAAUGUCACUGAGGAGCACUACGGCAACUAUACCUGCGUGGCUGCCAACAAGCUGGGAGUCACCAACGCCAGCCUAGUCCUUUUCAAGCGUGUUUUACCCACAAUCCCCCACCCUGUUCAAGAAAUUGGCACCACCGUACACUUCAAGCAAAAAGGACCUGGAUCGGUGAGAGGAAUAAAUGGAUCCAUCAGCCUGGCCGUACCACUGUGGCUGCUGGCAGCGUCUCUGCUCUGCCUUCUCAGCAAAUGUUAAUAGAAUAAGAAUUUAAAAAUAAUUUAAAAAAACACACAAAAAUGCGUCACACGGGAUACAGAGAGAGAGAAAGAGUAAGAUGGGGGGAGACCGUUUAUUUCACAACUUUGUGUGUUUAUAAAUGAUGGGGGAAAUAAGAAAAUGAAGAAGAAAAUGCAACAUUUAAAACAAUUUUAAGGUCUAUCAAUAAAAAUUUGAGUGUAAUUCAGAGUGGGAAAAAGUCUAGCACGAUGUGUGUAUGUCUACUAAGCAAGUGACUGCUGUGUGAAGACUACAUCCUGCCGAGGACACCCGGAUGUUGUGAGACUAGGACAAGUAAAGAAGGACCAGGUGGACAUUCACUCCCCCUACACACUUUAUCCUUCCCUCCUUCACCUUUUUCAUCUGUGGGGAAAAAAAAUAAGGUCUUGCCUUUGGUGUUUAUAUUUCCAUAAUCCUCUUACUCUGUUUUUCAUUUGCGCUGACUUGGAGCCAUUGCAGACUCUCAGUGGGAUCCUGUGUUGGGCCCUCCCAAGGCUGUCCCACCACCACCAUCUCUCCAGCUUCCAAGACCGUCCCUCUCCCUGCAGUGUGUUCCAUCUUCCCAUACCCAUUCCCAGUACCCCCUUUUUAUCCAGAGCACUAGACAUGCCGCAAAUGCUAGGAAGUGCCAUUUCAAUUUUCUCCACUGUGUGUGUGUACUCGAGUCCCACUCCCACACGGGUGCACAUGUGUGUGAGCGUGUGUGUGUCUCUCUCUAAAAGCAUGCCAAGGGAAUGGUCCAUGUGUACAUAGAUUUAUUGUGCUGUAGAUACUGUCCUGCAUUGUAAUUGUGAGAUGCAGCCAUAACAAGUUGCUGGGAGAGAUGGUGGGGAGGGAAGCAAGGAGUUGAGUCCCUGCCCCACCCAUGGCUGUCACCUGACAUCAGUGUGUACUCAAAUCAAGCUGUGCCCCUUCCAAGGGCAGGACCCCAUAUCCCUCCUAGUUUCAUCCUCAGAACCCAGUCAGGAGUCACUCAGAAUAUCACUGUCAAUGAAAGUGCCUACUAUCGAUGGGGUGAGCCAACAGUAAAAUAGACCAGUGACAUGGAUGAAAUGACCUGGGAGAGGAAGCUUCUGAUCUCACACUUAUUUCCUAAGUCCAAGGGAUUCAUACAUUCCCUGGCCCUACUACAGGCUGGGUCCUGCACAUGCUUAGUAAAUUCCCGGAGAAGAAAAGUCUCCACAUGCUAGCUCCCAAUGGAAGAGUGGCGUGCCCCAUGGAGAUCCUAAGCAGCCCUUUUUGGCCUCCUUCCUGGACUUCAGAUAGCACUGCGCUUGCUCCAUGCAUUCCUCUGAGAAGAGCUUAUUUUCUACUUCAAAAUAAAAUACAGUGAGGCAGGAAGAGUAGACAGAUGCCUAAGUCCCUGUCCAAUUCUGGAGACACUGAAAGAGUCUAACAGAAAGCACUGACUGUAAUGAAGGCAAAGUCACUCCUUGUGCUCCUUGGCAGAUUUUUGCCCGUUAGUUCUAGGCUAAUGCAUUGGUUGCCCACAUCAGCCUCUUCUGAUCCCCUGAUGGUGUUCAGGGCACCACUGUUCAUGGUGGUCCAUCACCGUUAGACCUGGCCACUAGAAACUGCAUGAUAGUUACCUUCCUUGCUCUAUUUAAAUUUACAUCUGUAAGAGGUAUCUUGACAUUAACACUGACAAGUGAGCCAAUUAAUUCCUCCACGAAAAGGGUUGGGCAACUUGUAAAUAAUUUAGGCAGAAGUUGUAUGAGUAUGACGAAGUGUGUCAUCACCAUGUCACCAGAAGGAUUUUCUUAGCAAAGGUCUUGCUGAGAAAGCUGACUCUCUAGAGGUGUAUAUCUUUAUCAAGAAACCAACCAUUGGUCUCACUUAACGGUUCAGCUGAUGCAAAAAGAGUAUUAUUAUUGAACUCAUCAUCAAGCAUAAUCCCACAGAGCCAAAUACAGUUGCUUGUCAAGCUUGGGAACCUUGAGAACAGCUGUCAUGUGAUACAAAAUGAGAAACUUCAUAGCCAGGGGAAAACAGGAAGAAAGGAAAGAAAGGGAGAGAGGAAGGGAAGGAAAGGGGAAACUCUGAGCAGUAUUUUCCAUCUCUUUGAGGAGAGUCUAUUGGUUCUUUUAGAAGUUUCUCAGAGCCUUCUUUUACAGCUUUGCAGUUUAGUCAUGAAACAGGAGAAACUGAGUUUGGGAUGUGUAAGAGUACUUAGUGACAGAUCCUGACCCAGCACAGGAAACCUCAUCCUACAGAGUCACUGAAUCAUAGGCGAGGUGAGCCACUGUCCUGUCAAUCAUUGAUUUAUUGACAAUCAAACUUCUCCAACAGUUUGGUCAUCUUUAGUACAAGCAUAAAAGGCUAUCAUCUUUAAAGACAAAUGUUCCCCAUGUGUUGAAACAUUAGCCAGACCCUUAACUGGGAUCUUUGGAGGAAUGCAUGCCUACUGAAGAUUACAAGAAGAGAAAAAUCACAGACAGCAAUUCAGAUGUCAUUUAGUACCAGUUUCAGGAAACAAAUCACUGUGGCAGGUUUUACCCCUGCACCUGGCUUUCUUACUGUCUCCAGCCUACCAUAAGGACAUUGCCUUGGUUUUAUUAAGGGAAGAGGUUCUCUGUUGAAAGGAAUGUCUCUAUCACAAGAGCACCAUUUGUUCUCUUGGUUUUAAUAUAAUGACCAUAUAUUAAACAUAAUUAAACCUAAAACACGUGGUGUUUGCCUGUAUCUCCAGCAGGUUCCCAGAGUCAAAAAAACGUAUGCCUUGCUCCCAUUUCAGAGAGAACUUUGGCCCUAGAAAUCUCAUAGAUUUGAGAAUGGGUCUAAAUCAUCAGAAGACUGCUAAACUAUUCAGUUUGCAGAAAUGUCAGGAAAAAAAUGUUGAGGCAAAAAGACCAACAUCAAGAAAUCAACAAGUCUCAACACUAGAUUUCUUGGAAUUUAGUUCAUGAUGGUUGCUCUAACACUUCAAGAGUCUUGUCCAUUGUUAAUUACAGCUCAAAACCCUGUGCUGCAAAGCACCAAGUAGUUGGAAAUAGUGUCCCAAGAGGAGUGAAAAUCAUCAAUUAAUCUGAAUGACAAAUAUAUUUAAUGCCCCUUGUAUACAGAAUGAAACACCACCAUUCGAACAAAAUCCAUAGAAUUUGUAGUUAACAAAAAUAGAAAUGACUUUGCCCAAAGCAUUUUCUGAACGAUGAGCUAUCAUAGGUUACACAACUGUGGAACUGUAGUUACUCAGCACAAUUGCUCAUGAAAAGGUUUUACCUUAUUGAGGGAACAGUCUUGCCAGAUCUGAGGGUUUAAAAUCCCUCUGUCCUGAAACAGCUGACUUCUAUAGAAAAGUAGCUGUGUUUUCUCUCGGGAAGGGUUAUUCCAUUGACUUUCCCUUCUCUUUCAAGUCAUACUUGAGCCUUUUCUUUCUUGCCAUGAGCAUUUUCCUUUACUUAAGUAAUCAGAUAAUUUGGGCUAUUCAUAGAGACCUUGUAAAACUACUCGUGAUUUUCUUGUCCUUGGAGGACAGAAACAGAAAUGUUUCUCCUCCAAAAAUGGACUUACCUCCUUUGUACACAAACAUUAAACUUCUCAGCAUGGAACUGUUUGAGUUAGUACCUACCCCAGCGUUGACUUCUUGCACACCUCAGAGUCACGGUUGUGUCCCCAAGUUGGCAGUGGGUGACUCAACUGGCUCUUCUCCUUGAAUUUUUCAUUUUGUUCUCUGCAGGCCUUGGAGUUUUUGUUUUGUUUUGUUUUGUUUUUGGUGGGAAAAUGAUAUAUAUAUAUGUAUGUAUUUUUUUUAACCUUAUCUCUACAGAUACUAUAUUUACAAUAAUGUAUGUAUUAUAAGACAAAUUUAGGAUAGCUUUUAAACUGAAGAGGGAAGAAAAGUACUGAAUUUUUUUUAGAAAGAUCUAUGCUGCAUUUAAAAGACAUGGAGCCCUACUUUUCCAUUUUGUAAUAGUUUGUUUCAAAGAAAUGUGCUUCUGGACCAUGUUCUUUGGGAAUAAGCAUAGCCUCAUUUUUAUCUUCAUCCUCAUAAACUGUAGCCUGGAUUUAGUCUUGGUUCCCCAUAGCUUUCAUUUUUUUGGUAAGACUAUAAGUACAAUUUCAUAUCUGAACUACAAGAACUAUCAAUAUUUUGAAGACAAAUGUUAAACAAACCAGAAAAUAGGGAGAUAAGACCAUGAGUUAAGAAACACAAACCCAGUUUGGGAAGCCCCCUUCUUUCGUAAGUAUUCAAAAUAUUUCUCCUCCAAAGGCUGCAUUUGCCCCAGUGAUGUAAAUUUUCCAUCAUGGUUGGCAUAAUAUCUGUAAACAUCUCAGUAAAUGCAAAAUGGAGUUUACAUUUCUGUGCAUACAAGUGGGAAGGGGAGUAAACUCUUCUCAUUUGCAUGUAGCUAUGCUGUUCAAAUGUCACCAACUGAAAUUCAAGAAAGAAUUUGUUUUCACCCAGCAAUGUACAUCACGUUCCUCUUGGCAAGGAAGCUGGUGUUAAUGUUAGGUUUAGGUUUAACAUUUACACCAGGGAAAAUGUUUAUGGAUAUUGUGGGAGCCUUAUUUUAAAAUCUUGAUUUCUUUUCAGCACAUUUACAUACUGUGUGCUGAUUAAUAAAUUAGGCACCAAUCAUGUGUAAAUCAAUGUAAAUCACUAGUUUAUGUACAUAAUAUAAACUAUGUAAACUUAAUUUUUCAUGCAGGACUCAAAUUCAGCUAAACCUAUGAGUCUUAAAGGAAAAAAAAAAAUCAAAGAUAAAGAAACCAAAGCACUUCCCAGGUCAAAAUGGGGAGAAGGAUGACUAAGUUCCCAAAUGUUAGUUCGCCUCAAUCAGAGGACCCUGGGGAAACACUUAAUGAUUCCCAUCCUGCUCAAGCUGCAGGAGUCAACGGUCACCUUUUUUUCCCCAGAACUCAAGUAGAUUCUCCCAGCUUUGCCACAGUUGUCUUGCCCGAUCCCAAAGCAAAAGAAAGUGGAGAAAGAGAAGGGUUCAUGUGUUGCAUCAACUCCCAGGCAUCUUCUUGUUAGUAUUUUUUCACCAUCUAAGACAUCUUAUUUAAGUAGCUCCAAGAGUGUCACCUAUUUCUUGAUGAACAAAUAUUACUCAGUUUUUAUUUUCUAUUCAACAAAAGCUUUGGGAAAUCUUCUUUGUCAUCUUGAUUCUAAGAAAAUCUGAGAUCUAAGAAACACGUUAUAUCCUUAAGAAAUAUCUUAUUCAGUCACUCUGGAAAAUAACAGCUUUUACUUGAUCUGGUAGCCCUAUGUUUCUCCAUACCUAUUCUGAAUAUUGCAAAUGAGGAACAGAGUCUUCUGAAUUGGGAAUAUAUCUCUCAGGCAUAUUCUCCUGGAGUCUUUUUGAAGUGCCUGAUGUGAUUAACAGGAUGACAUAGAUACCUUUCCUGCCAUCUGCACACUUAGUACAUAAGGAGUCAUCAAAGAGAUGACUUCAAGAACCACAUGGGUUUUUUCCCCCCAGGACUAUAAUGGGAAAAAAAAAAUAAUGUUAGACUUCAAGUACACCCCUCUACCUAAUGUAUAUGACAACCUUAAAUUACGGUGUGAAGGAUAUUGGACUGGAGUUGGCAGAAUUGGGCACUAGCCCUGGGUCUGGCUACAAAAAAAAAAAAAAAAAAAAAAAAAAGGCUGUGUGUGAUGUUGGCAAUUCGCUUAACCUUACUGACUCUAGGAUUUUGUACCCUGAAAGUGAGGAACUUAGAAGAUAUCUCUAAAAUACCUUUCACCUUUUAAUGCUGUGGUUCUGAAUUGGGACUUGCAGUUCGCUUAGCACUGUGGCCAGCCAAUCAUUCCAAGCAGGUGUCUAUCAUCUGCACUUGGGCCCUGUUCUGUCAUCACUUCUUAUACUUGUCAUCUCACCAUCUCCAUUUUAAAAGGCUUGAAUUCUACAACACAAGGUCUCUGGUCUGACUCUGUAAUUCUCUUUUGAUCAAGACUUCUUGGCAAUGUACACUAGAGAUUCAUUCAGAUUACAUGAAGGGUGAUUGGGAUGACACCCUUGCUUUUAACACUGUAAAAUCUAACAGUUCAGCUAAAUCCUAAUAACCUUGCAUAGGAAUAAAAAUAGCCAGAUUGGACAUUAUGCAUGUAACAAAUGAGGAAGUUGUGUAUAUGAAAGGAAGCAUUCGUUUUCUCUCAUCCUAGGCCAAGUGCCUCAUUAUAGUAAGUGUGGAUCCUUGGAAACUCUUGGCUUGUGCUAAUGGCUCUAAGCACGUGGUCUCAGGCAAGUUCAAAAGGUGGAUCUGUGAGAAGCAAGCAAGACAAUGUAUUUUGUUUUGGAAGGAAUUUCUCAGAGGAUGAGGUUCUCAAAGCUUGACUUCAAGGCUGUGAAAUCAAAUAACAGGAUUGAGGGAAAAUGGCCCUUAUUUUCAAGAAGUGCAAGUCGAUACCAUUUUCAAAGCCAGGCUAAAAACCAACAGGUCAAAACAAAACACAUUUGCACAGGCUACAGAUUUGAAGACAGUAGGAGUUGCUUUGAAGGCCCACAUGGAAGAAGCAGGUUAAGUUCCCCGAGGAAAGGGUAAGCAGAGAAGAUAGGUUCUCAAGCAGUAAAUGAGGAAUUAUUUUUCUAGUGCCAUGUUCUGGAUGGAUUGAGCACAGGUCGACUGCCCUACAAAAAGCUGGAGGCUCAGUUUAGCAUCCAAUGUUAUCUUUUCACUUAGGAUAUUAAAGAACAGAAGGACUCGAAGUCUCCCAGACGCCUCAGAGCAGGUUUGACUCCUAACUUCCCAGCAUGAGCAUCCCUUUGUGUAGACAAGACCACAGGAUGCGCUUCGAGUACACAGGAAGCCCUCUGUAAGUGGGGUGCUGCCUGCCCAUGGGACGGCUCCCCAUUUCCACGGUCAUCUCAGAGGGACUUCUUUGUGGGCAGUACUCCCGGCUCUACGCCUACAGCUAUGUUCUUCUCUGCACAAGCCCGCUCUUUGUAAAGACAGGCACAGUCAAAAUCUGCUUCUUGCAAACGAAGAAAACACACGGAGCUACUAGCUUCUUGGCACGCAGCAGCAUUCCUAAGUUAUCAGGAGCCUUUUUCCAACACACUUGCCUAAGGUUUUCCCUUUUACCGGAGAAUAUCAAUGAUUCAUCCUGGUGAAUUGUGGCCAAGUUCUGCUCCCUAAGUAUUUACUGGAAGUGGGGAGGUUAAAGGGAAGGAAUCCCAGGGGUUGGGAAGCCGGGGAGAAAGCUCCACUUCCUCCCCCAGCCUCGUUCCUCCCCUUCACUGCUCUACUGAGGGAUGUAUCAAUCCUGCUCUUGUUUAGAAUUCUUAUUAACAGUGUUAUAUACAUAUAAAUAUAUAUAAAUAUAUUCCUUUUUUCAGCCCUGUAGACAUGAACUGAUCAUCCCUUGAUGAUACAAAUACAUGGCCUUUUUUUUUUUUUUGGUUUGGAUAUUUUUUAUUGCUUAAAGUUUUUUCCUUUUGAUUACUGGAUGGAUUUUUUUUCCCUGGAUGCUAGCUCUGUGAAGGAAAAUAAAAAGCGCAGUGUGUGUAAAAAAAAAAAAAAGUUAAAAGUUCUCUCUUUUCUUUUAAAAUGUAUUUAAAUUCUGUUUCUCUCUUCUGUUACUUUACACGUACGAAUGCUCUGCUCUUCUGUGAUCUUAAAACAAAAUGAAAUAAACGUGAAAAGGAGAUGUGUCUUCAUUGACCU